AUGGUGGCCGGAAAGAUUAGAAGGGUGGCUGUGAUUGGCGCUGGUCCAUCUGGGGCAAUCACGGUAGAUGCACUGGCUCGGGAGGAGGCGUUUGAUCAAAUCCGUGUUUUUGACAGACAGGAAGGCCCAGGAGGAUGUUGUACAUCUGACGAGAUGGACAGGUACGGAGAUAAGCUACCACCAGUUCCCUUGUCCAAUUUCACAGCAUUGGCUUCAAGGACUGCAGAUCAGCCAGUAGAUUUGCCAGCACAGGUUCCAGGUCAUACUCAGAGGAACGAUCAGCCACGAUGGACAGACUCAUCGAUAUACCCCUAUCUUGAGACGAACGUAGAUGUGGUAACCAUGGAGUACACCCAAGAGCCUAUCGUUGGAGAGCUGUCUGCACGAACGAUCGAGCUGCAUGGUGAGAAAUCUCCAUUCCGGCAUUGGACUGUCAUGAGAGAUUAUGUGACAAGUCUGUUCAAUCGCAAUGGCUACGAAGAUCUAGUAUGCUACAACACUCAUGUCGAAAGAGUGGAAAAAGUCGGGGACGAGUGGAAAAUCACAUUGAGAAAAGAGGAAGAUGAAAAGGAUUACUGGUGGGUCGAGUGGUUUGAUGCUGUCAUUGUCGCAAGCGGACACUUCAACGUGCCUUAUGUCCCAGCUGUACAGGGCCUAGAGGAGCUCGAGAAACAACACCCUGGCAGUGUUUUGCACAGCAAGAUGUAUCGCGGCCGAGAUGCAUACAGAGGCAAACGCGUUGUCGUGGUUGGUGGCUCAGUGUCUGCAGCCGACAUCUCAACGGACCUCGUUGGUGUGGUGGACUCCAAAGUCUAUGCAGUGGUCAACGGCCAUACCAUCAACGUGUACUUUGGAGAUGGAGCAUUCAACAACCCAGGAGUCGCCAGGAAGCCAACGAUUUCGCACAUCGAUACCACAGCAGGUCAACGCACAGUACACUUCAUUGACGGCACCUCGGUACAGAAUGUUGAUCACAUUAUCUUCGGCACCGGAUACUCUUGGAGUCUCCCUUUUCUGCCGGACGUGAAAAUCAGAAAUAACAGAGUACCGGGACUGUACCAGAAUGUCGUCUAUCAGCAGGAUCCGACGCUGCUAUUUGUUGGAGCAGUCAGUACUCACUCAAACAAGAUGAUAUGGUCAACACUAACACAAUGCUUAGNNGUCGGAGCUGGAUUGACGUUUAAAAUCUUUGAGUGGCAGGCUGUACUCGCCGCGAGAUUGCUAGCUGGACGUGCUGAAUUGCCGCCUCUUGAAGAACAACAGCGAUGGGAGGCAGAACGCGUCAGGAAGAAGGGAGAUGGUCCUGCGUUCAACGUCAUCCAUCCUGACUUCGAGGAGUAUUUUGAGACAGUCAGGACUCUCGCGGGUCCAAGCAUAGAUGGUAAAGGACGACCUCUACCACCUUACGAGCCAGAAUGGUUCGAUGCCUUCAUGAACGGCCAUGAACUGCGAAAGCAGAUGUGGGCCAGAAAGAAUGCUGCCGCUGCUUCGGAGAAUACCAAAGCAAGGAUCUAA